UGGGCAGGUGCGGGACAGUCGGGAGCCCGCGUCAAUAUCCCACUGUUGUAACGUAUUGUGUUUCUGGGUUUGCACAACAGAAGAGUGGUGCUUGUACCUGAGAAAUCAUGUUCAAUUUCAGAAGCAUCCAGAAGUUACUACAGUACCUGAAAUUUUUAAUUUUUUUACUCAUCGAGAACACCUUCUGUAUAUUUCCUCUACGCAAAAAAAGUUUUGCUGGUGAAAUAGUACUUAUUACUGGGUCUGCAAAUGGGAUUGGAAGGCAGGUUGCCUUAAAAUUUGCUCCUUUGGGAGUAACCUUGGUUCUUUGGGACAUUGAUGAUGAAGGUAACAAAGAAACAAGCAGAUUAGCCCAACAAAAUGGAGCCAACCGGGUGUUUGUCUACCAUUGUGACUGCAGCAGUAGGGAGGAUGUCUAUGAACAGGCAGACAAGGUUAGAAAAGAAGUUGGGGAUGUUACUAUUCUAAUCAAUAAUGCUGGCAGAGCUCUUGGGAAAAAGUUCUGUGAGCUUACAGAUGAAGAUUUUGAAAAGACCUUGAGAAUCAACUUCUUUUCUCAAGUUUGGACUUGCAAGGCCUUUCUUCCAGCCAUGGUGGCCUGUAACCAUGGGCAACUGGUUAGCACAGCCAGUGGAGCUGGAUUACUGGGACUCUACAGGGCAUCAGAUUAUUGUGCAAGUAAGAGUGCAGUCAUUGGAAUGAUGGAAGCCAUAAAUUCAGAAUUGUAUCACGGAGGAAAGCAUGGCAUUAAAAUCAAAAUCAUUUGUCCUUAUUUUAUUAGUACUAGGUUAAGUAAAGGCUUCAAAAGCAAAAAACCCUGUUUGUUUCCUGUUUAUGAUCCAGAGUAUGCAGCCAGCAGGAUCGUGGAUGCAAUUAAAAAGGAAAAAUUUUAUUUAAUCAUGCCUCCAGCUGUAUACUUUCUUGGUCUGAAAAUUUUCCUUCCUAGAAAAGUGGUGCUAUUCCUCGAGUCUCACAUUAAGUUCCCUGAGAGCAUGGAAGAAGCCUUCGGUGAGAAGAAAAAGGAUUGAAACCAGAAGUAUUCUGAAGACCUCAAGUGCCAUCUAAUUGAACAUUUUCAGUAAAAAAAAAAAAACAUGUUAAAUCAUGUUUACUUCUUGACAAAAAAUUUAUUUCUUGUAUGCUAUUUUACAUUGGUCAGCAUGCCAUUUAAUUCUUCACAACUGUCUUUUAUGUUUUGCAAUUUUCUGAGUAACUUUUGAAAAAUUACUAACAUUUAAAAUUACAUAGGUAUUAUGUGGGGUGACCAAGCAACAACUUUGCAUGGACUGUACUGUUUUCAGACUGAAACUUCAAUGAGGUAUCCUAAAAACACUGAUUUUUAGUCACGACCCAGCCUCUUAUUUCAUGAUGUCUUGCUGCUUUUGUCGAGGUCUCAAUAAAAGUCAGUAAAUCCA